GAGCACUGUUGGACUCUGGAGCAGCAGGGAAUUUCAUGGACGGUACCUGGGCAAAGGAGAACGGUAUUUCAUCUGACUCUCUCGAGAGCCCCAUAAGGAUCGCCACACUGGAUGGGAGUCCCCUAGGACCUGGAUUUGUUACCCGUGCUACUACCCCCUUGCGGCUUUCAGUUUCCCAACAUCAGGAAAUGAUCAGCUUUCACCUCAUCCCCUGUUCCGAGUUCCCCCUUGUACUUGGUUACCCCUGGCUGCACCGUCAUAACCCUUACAUCGACUGGUCGGUGGGGGCUAUCAAGCAGUGGGGCCCUACGUGUAAGUAGGGGUGUAACGAUUCUCGGUAAAACAUCGAACCGUUCGGUUCUCCUAUCACGGUUCGGAACACACGUGCACCGCGAUUACUCUGAUGUCGCAUCUAUAAUACAGUUUUGUGGGGAAAAGGCGCAUAAAUCACAGAGGGCUGCGUAUAUGCUUCCGAUGAAUAAUAGCCUACGCUCCACGUGCGUUUUACGUGAGAGUAUCUUACCAAUCAGCUGUUAGUAUGUACCUUUGUUGCUGACGUCACAUCACCGUUCCUCGCGUGUACAGCUGCUGUUCAGCAUGGCAAGCGAAGGGGAUAAGCCGCAAAUAGAGCCUCCUCCAGCUUCAUACAAGUCUGCUGUCUGGGAACACUUUGGGUUUCCAAUACGUUACAGCAGCGAUGGUCACAAAAACGUGGACAAAACAGUCACAGUGUGUAAAAUUUGUAUGACGCGAGUGCCAUACUCCCAAGGCAAUACAACUAAUAUGACCGGACAUUUACGCCGUCAUCACCCGCGUGUUGACAGCUCUCGAGCGCAGGUGAGACCGAAGCAGUUUCAGCAGCACACACUGCCUUCUGCGUUUAAACAGCCACUAAGCUCUCAUUCUGACAAACACAAGACCAUAACAAAAGCGCUUGGUGUUUUUAUUGCAAAAGACAUACAGCCAUACUCCGUCGUUGACGAUGCGGGAUUCCAGCAUUUGAUUAAGACGCUUGAACCGCGUUACGAAAUCCCUUCGCGUGCCCAUUUCAGCAGCAAGAUUAUUCCUGAGUUGUAUGAUGAAACGCGGAGCAAAAUUGAAAACAAACUGGCAAACGCAAAACAUGUAGCUUUGACAACUGAUAGCUGGACCUCCAGGGCAACUGAAAGCUACUUGACAGUUACUGCACAUUAUAUUUCGGACUGGCAAUUGGAGAGCGCUGUGUUACAAACAUGCCCUCUUUUUGAAAACCACACAAGUAGUCAUUUGGCUGAUGCACUCAUGAGCGCAGUGACAGACUGGAAGUUAGAGAGGCCUAAUAUCACCAUUCCAGUCACUACAGAUAAUGCACGUAAUAUGGUGAAUGCCAUUAAAGAAGCAGCAGGACUAGGACCGCAAAUUGGAUGUUUUGCGCAUAUUCUGAACCUUGCAGCAAAGAAGGCAGUAGCACUUCAACAGAUAAGCCGUCUGUUAGGUAAAGUCAGAAAAGUUGUAGCAUUUUUUCAUAAAAGCACAACAGCAGCUAAUGCCCUGAAAGUCAAGCAGGAGAUGUUGAAUAUACCUGCACACAAACUAAUACAUGACACCCCAACUCGCUGGAACACCAUUUAUGACAUGAUGGAGAGAUAUCUGGAGCAGCAGCCUGCCAUCUACUCUGCCCUGAUGGACAAAAAUAUUAAGAAGAACGUCAAGGACAUUGCUGUGUUGUCUGACAGUGAACUGACACUGGCAGAGGAAAUGAUUCAACUGCUUAAACCCCUUAAGACAACCACCACUCUCUUAAGCACAGAAACAGCUCCCUCUCUCUCAAUGGUCCUCCCUCUAAAGACAAUGAUACUAAAAUCAAUGGAUCCUGCAGAUCAUGACAGUCCUGCCAUAAAAGAUGCCAAGGCAGCCAUCAGUGAGGACUUAAAAAGCAGAUACACAGAUCCUGACCUUCAGGACUAUCUCAACAGAGCAUCAUUCCUUGAUCCAAGGUUUAAGUCUUUACCUAACCUGGAUGCAGCCUUAUGCUUAAAUGUUUGCAGUGGGGUCAUCAGGGAGAUCAUUGAACAACAGGGUCAGCCUGUUGCAGCAGAAGCUGGGCCAUCCGGAAGCCAGAAUCCCCCUGAAUCCCCACCCGUAAAGAAGUCUGCAAUGUCCGAGCUUUUUGGAGAUUUUUUUAGAGCACCUGACAAGACAAAGACUUUUGACAACAUUGUAGAGGAGGAAGUAAUGUCAUACAAAGCAGAAGAUUCCAUUGACACAGAUGCAUAUCCACUCGCAUGGUGGGAGCUGCAUGAGAGCAAGUACCCUCAUGUUGCAAAACUUGCAAAACAAUACCUUUGUGUCUGUGCAACAUCAGUGCCAAGCGAGAGAGUGUUCUCCACUGCAGGAGACAUUGUUUCUGCAAGCAGAUCUCGACUUGCAACGGAAAAUGUUAACAAACUGAUCUUCUUGCAAAAAAACAUGAAGAUCUAAAUUGACUAAAAUAAAGAAUAAAGAGUGACCCAGUGUUCUGACCUUCCAAAUAUUUUAUGUUGGUUUUGAAAUGCAUUUAUGUUAGUAGCCUACUUGAAGCACAAUAAUGCACAUGUUCUUAAGUUAGAAGGUUGACUUUUGCAGGGGUAAGAAACUGCAUCAUUUUUUGUUUUGUAAAGAAACCUGUUUUUGACAGAAGAUUUAAGUGUUUGUUACCUAAUAAAUACAUAAAAAUUAUUGAAUUUGACAGUAGCCAUUUUUUCUUGAACACACCGAACCGAAACCGUGACCCUAAAACCGCAAUUCAAACCGAACCGUGAGUACUCUGAACCGUUACACCC